AUGGCGAUCUUUGAUACAGCAGCCCUCGCCGCAAAGGCUGUGAACGCCGGUCUUGCUACGUUUGUGAUUCUCUUUACAGCAAUUUUGGGUCGCAUAUUCUACAUGCAGAAGCUGCAUCCUCUUUCAAAGUUCCCGGGACCGUGGUAUGCGACUUCGUUCUCCGUCGUGGGUGCCAUAAUCUCUGUGUUGCACAGAGAGCCUCAGUUCUUUAUGUACCUGGUAGAGAAGUACGGAACGGACCGCCCAAUACGCAUAUCCCCCACGAUGUUGCUCUUUCCCAAGCCGUCCGCCCUCAAAGACAUCUAUCGGGACCCACAGUGCAACACUAGGGCUGGCAUGUACGACAGUGGAGCCUUGGGACCUCCGCAUCUGGUUUCCACGAUAGAUGGUGAAAAGCACCGUGUCUUGCGCAAGGCUCUAUCGAACGCACCAUGGUCCAUCGGCCCGCUGAAGAACGCAUGGGAGCCUCGCUUCGAUAGCCACGUUUCCCUGCUCGUUGAGAAGCUGAGAGAACAUGCUGAGGCCGAGCGCACCAUCUGUCUUUCUGAUAAGGUCGCCGAAUUUGCAGCCGAUAUCCUCAGCAUAAUCUCGUUCACGCAGCCCUUCGGCAGUGUUGAGAACCAGCGCGAUGAGAAAUACUUGUUGACCAAUUGGCGCAAAGGUUUGACAUUCUUCGGCUUCUCGGGAAGGUUUCGAUUCUUGCGGGAGCGAAUCCUGCGACUGCCUAUUCUAGGGGUCUGGCUGUUACCGACUACCUCUAAUGACUACGGGAUGGGCUGGUUGAUGGGCGAGGCAGACCGCCAGGUCACCGUGCGAGAGCAGCAAAACAAAGAGAAGCCAUAUGAUGGAAGGCCAGACUUCCUACAGCACUGUCUCGACGCCCGUUUUUCAGAUGGCUCACCACUGACCCCGACGCAAAAGCGUGCCCAUGUCACGCUUCUUUACCAAGCUGGAGCAGACACAACUGGCACAGCAAUGGGUUGCAUUCUCCGACUCAUAUUGUCAGACCCGUCUACUCUCGCACGUGUUCGCGCAGAGCUCGAUGCAGCAGAUUCAGCAGGCCUUCUAUCAACUCCAAUCCGUUAUGAUGAAACCCUCCAGCAUCUGCCGUUCUUCAUUGCAUGCAUCAAGGAGGGACUUCGCCUUUUCCCACCGGCCCCCAAUCUGUUCCCUAGGGUGACACCAAAGGGUGGCAAAGUCGUUGAUGGACACUAUGUGCCUGGCGGAAUGGAUGUCACUUGCCAAGCGUACGUCGUGCAGCGAGACAAGGGCUUCUACGGGAAGGAUGCUGAAGACUUCAAGCCUGAGAGAUGGAUGCAAGGUGAGAAGAGAAACUUCGAGCUGGAAGCAGCUCAGUUCACGUUCGGGGUUGGACCGAGGAUGUGUCUGGGUAAAGAUGUCGCAAAGUUGGAGAUGUACAAGCUGUUGCCGGAGAUUAUUCGUCGGUUCGACAUCCAGAUCAACAAAUCCGGCAGAUAUGUCGUCGACGGCGGUGUGGCGUACAACGUCGACUUUCUGGUUGAAUUGGCGGUCAGGUAA